AUGUCUGCAAGUCUUUUGUCAGAGUGGCGCAAGCUACCAUUGAGUCUGUGUGAGCUUUGCAUCAAUACUACCCUUAGAUGUGGCCAAUCAUUCAGAUGGCAGCACCUCCCUGAAAGUGAAGAAUGGCGAUGUGUUCUUUAUGGUCACCUAGUUUCACUCAAACAAGAUUCGAGCUGUUUAUACUACCGUUCUGUCCAGCCAUCAACCCAAAUAUCCUCGCCUCCUGGCAAGGAACAAGGCGAUAAUGAGCAUCUGGCCCGCAUAAUUCAACAUUACUUCAACCUGACCCCUAGUUUGACCGAUCUUUACUCCCAAUGGUCAUCAAAUGACCCCAAUUUCAAGAAAAAGGCUGCUCAAUUUACGGGAAUUCGAAUUCUUCGUCAAGAUGCCUGGGAAGCAUUAGUGUCAUUUAUAUGCAGCAGCAACAAUAACAUUGCACGCAUAUCGCAAAUGGUCCAGAAACUAUGCAUACAUUAUGGAAAGCCUGUGGCUACGAUUGAAGGACGCACAUAUCAUGACUUCCCUCCCGCCGAAGCAUUGACAGGCAAAGAUGUGGAGAGCAACCUCCGCAACUUAGGGUUUGGAUACCGUGCUCGAUACAUCUACCAAACUGCUGUCAUGGUAUCCAACCGGGAGAAUGGCUGGCUUGACAGUUUAAGUAACCCCGAGUGUCCAGCCUUCGGCGUGGAGCCAAAGCCCAGUGGUGAGAUGAAACCAGAGGGGCGAGAGGGAUACCGGGAGGCCCACAUGAAGCUUCUUGAGCUACAAGGUGUCGGCCCAAAGGUAUCAGAUUGUGUCAGCCUCAUGGGCUUAGGCUGGGGAGAGUCCGUCCCCGUUGAUACUCACGUGUGGCAAAUCGCCCAGCGAGACUACAAAUUUGCGAAAAGCUCGAACAAGACCUUGAACAAGACGACCUAUGAUGCUGUUGCCAAUCAUUUCCGCAAACUUUGGGGCAAAGAGGCUGGUUGGGCUCAUAGUGUACUCUUCACUGCGGACCUACGCACCUUUGCAGACAAGCUUGCUGCCACAAAGAAGGUUGAUGUGCGUGUCAAAGAAGAACAGUCCGAGGUUAAAAUUGAGACGCAAGUGACCACUGGCCUUACUUUGAAGACGUCAAAGGAAGAAGACGUCGAUGUAAAGUUCAAGGUUGAAGAUGUACCAGAGCAUGCUGCAAACACGCCUAGCAAGAAGCGAAAGAAGGCCGACGACAUAUUUCCUGUUGCUCAAACUACGGAAACACGGAGAAUGUCGAAGCGAUUACGGUCUUGA